GAACUAAACUACAGGGUGUAUCCGCACGAGGGCGCGAUGACAGCUGUGGGAUUUGUUUGUUAUUGUCGUAUAAAAAAGGGGAAAACGCACAGAGAUGGGUUUUGGGCUGUGAAACUGAAGAAAAGUGGGAAAAUAAUGGUAUAGAUAUUAAGAACAAUUGUAGUUUUUUUUUGCACAAUAUCAACUCCAGUAGAACCAGUCCAAUAUCAAAGAAAGGUUAUGAAAUGGAUAAUUUUACAUCAGCACAAAGCGCAUCCAACAUUUGUCGUGGGUGUGGAGGCCAGAAUGCGAUAAAACCACUCUCCGUGUAUGGAAAUGUGUUUAAGUGGUGCACAUCUAUCAAUGUCUCCAGCUCCGAUGGACUACCCACCCGAAUAUGCAAUCGAUGCUGGGAGAUGUUAACGAUAUCGUACGAAUUCAAAGUGAUAUGCACGCGGACUGACCGACAAUGGCGAACGAAGAACAACAGCGACAUUCUGAUAGAGAGUUUUCCAGUGUUAGAAAAUGCCGUGACAGAUGAUUAUGAGCCAUUUGAGAUAGUAGACGAUGUGCAGUUAGAAGAAGUGGUGGAAGAAACAAUGUUGCCCGGUACUCCGAAAGAGCCUUUCGAUUGUUUGUACAAUACCAUACCGGAGAUAGCAGAGGGCAUUGCAAUAGAGGUAGAGGAAACCAAAGAAGGUGAAUUGUUUAAACCGGAGGACUUGUCGAACGUAGAAAGCUAUUCACUGCCAGAAUAUAAAACUACAUUGUUGAAGGUUGAUGAUUGCAAUCAAGUAAUCGACCAAGACGCCCGGGAAGAGGUUGAAGAGUUUGUGCUCGAAGACACGGUAGAAUAUCUGGAGGAUACGGGCAAGGAAAUGUGUCCGGCACAGGACAGCGCUCCGGAAACGCACAACGAGGAUUUAUCGAUUGAAGUCUUCAAAACCGAACCGAAAUUGCCCACCUCGCGUUCGGUACGGCAUUCUUGUCCGGACUGUGGCAAGCAAUUCUCGUCCAGAACUAACGUGGUACGGCACCAGCAUUCACACAGAGACUCAAAACCGUAUCAAUGCGACAUCUGCAAGAAAGAGUUCACGCAAAGCGGUACGCUGAAAACGCACCGAUACUCUCACUUCGACAUAAAACCGUUCGUGUGUAACGUGUGCGGCAAACGAUUUACGCAGAGCAAAUCAGUGAAACUUCACCUUCGUUGCCAUACCGGUGAAAAGCCAUACGCUUGUGAUAUGUGUAGUGCGGCAUUCCGGCAGAAGAAUGGACUGCAAAGGCACAUGAAGGUGCACGCACGGUGAGAGAAGGUGCAUAAUAGGGGAUGAACUUAAUUUAUUUGCGAUUAUUUACGACCACAAGACUAAUUACGAAGAGAUCUAAUAAAUUAUUAACGUACAAACCAA